AUGGUUAUGGCAGGUGUUGAUGCAAAAGAAACAACCAAAUUAAUAAACAAAACUAGACGUUUGAAGAAAAUGCAACAAAGGAAAGAAUUACACAAAAAGGUUUGCUCUGAAAAUGAUACAAAACUGACGCUAGACAUUAAGCCAAACAUUUUUUCGAAACGAACAACUAAUAUACCAGUUUCCUCUAGUCAUUACUUAGAUACAACUUGUGAACAACCGUCUACUUCAAAAGAAUUAGCAAUUCCCAGAAAUACAAUUAAACUUCCUACUCUCGCCAAAGUUUGUGACAGAUACGGAUUAUCGGAUAGAUCUGCAGCAGCAGUAGCUACAGCUGUCUUACAGGAGGUUGGUAUCGUAACAAAAGAAAGUUCAGUGCAAAUAAUAAAUAAAAAUAAGUUAAGAAGAGCCAGAAAAUAUUUAAGAACUAAAAUUAUUAAUUUGGUAGACUGUGAACCUAUUACUGCAAUGUAUUUUGACGGUAGAAAAGAUAAAACAUUAUCUUUUGAAGAAAUAGACGGCAAAUCUCGCAAAAGAACAGUAACUGAAGAAGACAUAUCUUUAGUGCAAGAAUUAGGUUCGGUGUUUCUGGGACAUACAAUACCCUCCUCAGGAUCUGCAAAAAAUCUUUGUCAAAUUAUAGUUGAUUUUUUACAAGAAAAUAACCAUGAUUUGUCAAGCUUAUUAGCAGUGGGGUCUGAUGGCACAGUAGUGUCAACACAGGACUAA